GCUCAGUGCCCAUGGAGGCACUGAUGAUACGCAAGCCCUGCAAACAAAGCUCGCACCGGACUCGGCCACGCAGCCGAGGAGCGGAACAAGACCACACAACGACCAUGCGCUCACUCUGCAGGCUUGCGGCGACGUGCCUGUCCGCCAUCUUCCUGGUGGCUCUGCUCGCCGAGCCGGCCGCGGCGCAGCAGUACCACGAGCAGCUCGUGCUACGGCCUUUGCCCCUUUCCGCCCUCCUGGCCAGCUUCAACUUCCGCGCAAACAUCACCGUCGCCGACUUUGAGGCACACAACUACCGCUUCUUCCCCAGAUCUGUCGCCCAGAUCCUCCAGCAUGCCGGCACCCGCGAGCUACACCUGAGGUUCGCCCUCGGCCGCUGGGAUGCCGAGAGCUGGGGCACCCGCCCGUGGGAUGGCACCCGCGAAGGCGGCACCGGCGUCGAGCUGUGGGCAUGGCUUGAGGCCCCGACGGACGAGGAGGCCGACCGAAAGUGGCUGACCCUUACCAACGCCCUGUCCGGCCUCUUCUGCGCCUCGCUCAACUUCAUCGACGGCACCCGCACCACCCGCCCCGCCAUGUCCUUCACCCCCGAGGGCGACCACCCCAACGUCGCUGCGGCCAACAUGCACCUCCUCCACGGCACCCUGCCCCGCGAGGUGGUCUGCACCGAGAACCUGACGCCCUUCCUAAAGCUCCUCCCUUGCAAGGGCAAGGCGGGCAUCGCGUCGCUGCUGGACGGCCACAAGCUCUUUGACGCGUCCUGGCAGAGCAUGGCCAUCGACGUCCGGCCUGUGUGCCCCGAGGGCGGAGAGUGCGUAUUGGAAAUCGAGCAGACCAUCGACAUGGUCCUCGACAUGGACAGGUCCAAGCGGCCGCGGGACAACCCGAUUCCCCGACCUCCCCCCGCGCACGAGCUCAGGUGCGACACCUCAAAGGACUACCACGGCGACGACACCUGCUUCCCCGCCGACUCGAACGCGCACCAGGACUGGACCCUGUCGCAAAUCUUCGGCCGUACGAUGAAGGGCACAUGCCCACUCACCGACCCGGACAGUCGCCCGGUUUGCGUCGACGUUCCCGACAGCCGCACCGUCUAUGUUUCCGGGGGGAUAUACGAGUUCAAGGGCCCACUCUCUCGGUGCUUCACUGUACAACCCCACGCCGAAUUCGAUAUAAUCCUACCUCAGCCGGAUGAGCAGCAACAGGUGUCUGUGCCCAGUAUCGUUGAGCCCGAGGUCCCUGCCCUCUACGCGGAGCGCAGUUUGACGGGCCAUGGGGCUGAAAGAGGAGGGGUGCAGACCAUAUUCACGAACCCGAGCCCCGACGCAGAGGUCGAGUUCGUCUACAUGGAGACGCUCCCAUGGUUUAUGCGCAUCUACCUCCACACCCUCCAGGCGCGGGUCGCAAGCAGCGGGCCCGACAACCCAUCGCCCAGAAAGGUCAUCCAGGAGAUCUACUACCGUCCCGCCCGAGACCGCGUGCGCGGCACGCAGCUCGAGGUCCGCCUGCUCGUGCCGCCCGCAUCCACCAUGUUCCUGACGUACGACUUUGAGAAGUCCAUCCUGCGCUACACCGAGUACCCGCCCGACGCGAAUCGCGGCUUCGACGCCGCCUCAGCCGUCAUUACCAUCCUCAAGGGCGGCAGGAACACGACACACUCGGCCAUAACCAAGGGAAGCAGCAAGUGGAGGGCUAACCUGAGGACCGCGCCGCUGCUGCUCAGCCUCCCGACGCCUGAUUUCAGCAUGCCCUACAACGUCAUCAUUUUCACGUCAACGUGCAUCGCGCUCGCGUUCGGUGGCAUGUUCAACAUCCUGGUGCGCAGGUUCGUCGCGGCCGACGAGGGCCCCGAGCUGGGACUCGGGUCUGCCAUCCAGAGGGUGAAGGAAAGGCUGCGGGCCAAGUUUGGGAAAGGGACGGCUCUCAGCAAUGAUGUGCCACCGUUGAUGUUAAAAAGCGUCUUGGAGCCGGAGACGGAAAUAGUAGAGGGUGACUCAAUAUGAUUACUUGCAUGUAGAGCGCUGGGAAACUCGUCGGGCAAAAGGAAAAGGAAAGUGGAAGCGAAAAUGGGCGGUGAGACAUAGCACCCCCUUCGGGAAUAUCAGCGGUAAUGCUGACGAGGGCUUGUGCCUCUUUCAGACCCCGAGUCCGAGCCGGAAAUAGAAGUGACAACAAAAGGCCAAAGACACAAAGUACCGACUGCACCUGCCUCUGCAUUCUACUCGUUUCCUGUUACAUUUGCACCGGUUGUGCUGGUACGACGAGGUCACGCGGUGCCCUGUCCGGGUCCUCGCGCUGGCCAUGCUCAACAAUGCGGUGUCAGGGCAUUUGUUUGCCAUCUUUCAUAACUCAAAUCAUCAGCAACAUCAACCAUAAACGCUUAUGUGUUUAUUUUCGCAAUGAUUAGUGAUAGCAUCACUAAAUGUCAUGAGCCAUACCUCAGCGUAAUUAGGUACGCCUCGUCGCGUGGUCAUGCCGUCGCCGUCUGCUUUGUCAAGGCACACAACCGGCGAGAGGGUCAUCAUGCCCAAAGCUUCGCUUGCCGCGCCUUCCCAGCGAGAAACAAAAGCCCGGGCCCGCAAUGUUUCCGCCGUAUGCGAGCAAUGAGACGGGCCGCACAUGGCUCCCGCCUCGUCCUGACCCCUCUUCAUGCCAACAUCGUGUCUGGGCAGUGGUACCUGCCACCCGGGCCAGGCGAGGCCAUCAUCAAAUAACUACGCAAGGUUGUCUAAACACAUGUGAUUCACCGCUCUCUCUAGCCAAGAUUGGGAGCUGUUUAUUUACAAUGCGGCUCUCCCUGUAAUCGGUGCUUCUUGUCUUGGAGCCGGAUGGGGCCAUCGGAUGACUUGCAACCAGCAUAAGCGACCCCGAAGGUCUCACUCAGAUCUCGAGUCUCGGCAUAACGAAGCCAUAGAGUCGACUAUCUGGGCGGAAAGUAUUGCUGUAUUGACAAGCCGAGGUCACAGACCAAGCUGUAGCUCUGUAUGUACCCGGUAUCUUCCUUGGAUGCUAGUAAUAGACAAAUAUUCACUAGAUAGGCAUG